AUUGUGAAGAAGAAUUUAUUCCAGUAAUCAUACGGAAGUAGAAGUAACAGCGGAGGGGGAAGGAAAUACUACAGGACAAACGAAACCUCGCGAUAAAAGUGAUAGUCGUGCUACUGCUGUAAUCGUGGAGGUAACUAGUUAGCAAGCAAGCUAGCCAGUUAUACUUUGUAUGUGAAUGUGUCAGCUUGCCCACAAUAGCAAGUUCGCUUAAUACACACCUUAGCGAAUUUAAACAACACCGCGUCUACACGAUAUCGUAGCAGAACCCCCAAGGUAAAGCAGACUUGGAGAGAUGGCAGACACCGAGACCAGUGAGACCAACAGUCCCCCUCCUCAGGCCAGACAAGGGCCGGUGCAAUUCAUGUUGAGCAACAAAGUGGAAACUGCAAUGUGGCUGUCUCGCCUCUUCACGGUCUACUGCUCUGUGCUGUUCAUUCUGCCUCUCCUCGGUCUUCUUGAGGCUGCAAAUUUCUACCAGCGUGCCCUGCUGGCCAACGCCCUGACCAGCGCCCUACGGCUGCACCAGAGGCUGCCUCAUUUCCAGCUGAGCCGGGCCUUCCUGGCUCAGGCCCUGCAGGAAGACAGCUGCCACUACCUGCUCUACUCCCUCAUCCUCGUCAACUCCUACCCCAUCACCAUGGGUAUUUUCCCUGUGUUUUUGUUCUCCUUGCUUCAUGCCACAACGUACACCAAGAGGGUCCUGGAUACAGUGGGUCCCAACAGCUUGGCUUUCGUGCGGAACCUUCUAGACAAGCUCACGGCCAACCAACAGAAUAUCCUGAAGUUCAUUGCAUGCAAUGAGAUCUUCCUUAUGCCGGCAACAGUUUUCUUGCUCUUCAGCGGCCAAGGAAGCCUGCUGCAGCCUUUCAUUUACUACAGGUUCCUCACUCUACGCUACUCCUCCCGGAGAAACCCUUACUGUCGCACCCUGUUCACUGAGCUGCGAGUGCUCCUGGAGCACCUCAUCAUGAAGCCUGCCUGCCCCGCCUUCUUCAGGAGGAUGUGCCUCAACAGCAUCGCCUUCAUCAGCCGGCUGGCCCCCACAGGGGUGUGAAACGGGCCCCGAUGGGGGGGGGGGGGGGGGUUAGCGAGGGGAGGCGCUCCCGAGGGACCUGCCGAAAGGGACGCUUUUUCAGGGUUCGUCCCGAGGAGCCGGGGACCCCGCAGGCUGCCCCCCCCCUAUACGCGCCAGAGAGUGAGGCUCCGAAUCACAGUGCACUGAAAACACGGACCAGAAUUACCCCCACCCCUCCCCUGUGCCCCCCUUUUAACAGCUGCCUCGCACCACACGUCCCACGCAUAUUUUACUGUACCAAGUAACGAUGAGCUUUGAAAGGAACUUCAAUCAAGGGGUCUUUGUGAUUUCUUUCUUUUUAUUUCCCCCCCACUUAAUUUCUUUCCCUUUUUUUCUAAGAUCAUUUCUUUACUUCAAAUUUUUGUCAACUUAAAAAUGUCAUGAAAAUAAUUUCCAACCGAACUUUAUCAUUUCUACACAUUUUUCUUUUCUACUGUGUGUAUUUGUGUAUGCAUUCCUACACACAGACACGAUGUCAAAGCAGUGAGUACCACUCCCAUCACAGUAUAUCUUUUUUAUAUUCAGUUCCUUUUCUUAUCAAGUGUGUAAAGCAUUGUAUGAGAACUCUUGAUUGCCUGUAUCGUAUAGUUAUAUAUUUAUACACAUUAUGCAUCGUCUUAAAUCAGUUCUAAAAGAUUAAAUAUGCAGUACGUGUGAGUGCUACCCUCUGUUUUAUGUAUGCUGAAUAAAAUGUUUUAACAAUUUACAUUAAUUUAAGUGAAAGGCAAUAUUUCAGUUAUUUCUGCAAUGUAAUUUGUCAAAAAAAUGACCUUAGUAAAUUGCACAGCUUGGUUUUGUUCUGAUAUAGGUAUCUAGAUAUCUGCAAUAUAUAUGUAUACUCAUACAGUGCAUUACAAGGCUGGAAAUGAAUUAGUAAUUAGGGCAGUAAAUUAUUUCAGGGCAUGCUAGCCUUUGUCAUGUUAGUAGCAUUUUAAAUUUAUGUUGACAGCUCUGCAGGCUUAGGGUAGGAAAAAUAAUUAUGUGAAACUUCUUUAAAAUCUAAUUCAAGUCUCUUGUGGAGUUUUCAAUCAGAGGUCCAGGAACCACUAGGGGGACCUUGAAUAACAUGAAGGAGGAACAACAGUAAAAGCUGGUAAUGUAAAUAAAAUACUCGGAAUGAAACUCAAUCCUAUGACAAUACUUAUAAUUGUAGAACUUGGAUUGCUACAACUAAAACUUAACAGCAACAGCUGGUACAGACUGAAUGUGGUGCUCUCGACUUCUCUGUGUGUGGGAGAGGGGGUCUGGGUCCAGUAAAAGGUUGAAAGUUCCUGCUGUAUGUGUUUUUAUUCACCGGCUAAUUAUUUAUUUGCCGUUCUGUUGGACUACCUCUGCAGUUGUUGGCAUGGCUGCAUGAACUAAUGUACGACUUUUUUUUGUUUGUUUAUUGUUCUCUGAGUUCUUCCUUUGUGUUUUGAUUAGUCCAUUAAAAACAUUUUAUACAGAAAAUAAAAGGAGCAAAUAACUGAAAACAAUAAUUUAUCAUAUUUAUAUUUGAUCAGGUUCUUGGUGUGAAACUGCUUUGAAACGUUCCUAUGAAUGCAUUGAUCAACAGUCGAUUCAUUAUUAAAGAAGUGAAGCUUGAUUAAGAAGA